UUCAUUGCCCACAAUGCAUAGCUCAGGGAUGGCGAAAAAGUAAGCGUCCAAGGUACAAGUCGUCCGCGGGUGAGAGAAAAAAAAACACCUAAUGGCUGAGGAGUAACUGUGAAGGAGCCUCGUCAGACCGAGAUUAAGUGCUUCGUGUGCGGGUCGUGUUGCAGCUCGGAGGUCUCGGACGGUUCUUCUUCUCUCAGCUACACAGCUAGCUAGUUUGUCUCAGCAGCAUGGCAGAGCAUCAGGGGAAAGGAGAGGUGUUGCCUGAAGAUGUCGGCACAGAUGACUGCCUGACUUCGUACACGCACAUCUACAGUCCAGACUUACUGAAAGGUCAGGUUGCGUUUAUCACAGGCGGGGGUUCUGGCAUUGGAUUCAGGAUAGCUGAAAUCUUCAUGAGGCACGGCUGUGACACAGUGAUUGCGAGCAGGAACUUGGACAAGCUCAAAGAGGCAGCUGAAAAGCUGUCUGCUGCGUCAGGGCGCCGCUGUCUCCCUUUGUGUUUAGAUGUGAGGCAGCCCGAGAGCAUCGCAGCAGCUGUGGAUGAGACACUGAAAGAGUUUGGUCGCAUCGACAUCCUCAUUAACAACGCUGCUGGAAACUUCCUCUGCCCGGCUGCAUCGCUCUCCUUCAACGCCUUCAAGACAGUAAUGGAGAUAGAUACCAUGGGUACAUUCAACACCAGCAAGGUGGUUUAUGAGAAGUGGUUCCAGAAUCACGGUGGCAACAUAGUGAACAUCUCUGCAACACUUGGAUACAGAGGACAGGGCCUCCAGGUGCACGCUGGCUCUGCUAAGGCUGCAAAUGAUGCUAUGACCAAGCACCUGGCAGUAGAGUGGGGGCCCAGCGGGGUGAGAGUCAAUACUCUGGCUCCAGGUCCCGUCUCUGGCACCGAGGGCUUCCGCAGACUGGGCGGUCCUAGAGGAGAGGCUGCCGGUGCGUUCCAGUCCAUCCCUUUGCAGCGGGCGGGCAACAAGACUGAGAUGGCCCACUGCACUCUUUUCCUGGCCAGCCGGGUCUCCUCCUAUGUGACCGGAGCCAUCCUGGUGGCGGACGGCGGCGCUUGGCUGACCUCACCCAACGAUGUCUCCAUGCUGUUGGGUAUAGCCUCCUCUAAAUCCGCUAAACUCUGAACAGGGGCUCUCCUGUCCUCCUCCUGGCCCAGGUUAUUGGUCAUCUGACAAGAAAAGAGACAAGUAAAUGCUGACAACAAGAAAGUAAUUACGGGGCCCACCUGUAGUACUGAUGUGCUACAUGUAUAAUAUUUGUGGAUUUUGUCACCUACUGUUGCCUUAAGAGUGUAUUGUAACGCUAACAUAAAUCAUCAUACAUUUCAUGUACAACCAUGCUUAUCAAAUGCCAUUCAGUGUGAUUAUUUUUUAAUAAAACACGUGUAUUAACAGUUAACAGUGGCGACUGUAUACUAUUCCAAGUCAUUUGUUGUUCCUCCAAACAACAUAUGUGUGGGGCCACAAGUCUGCUGAAGACGAAAAGAAACAAAAUAAAGCAUAUUACUGUUACA